AUGCCUCUCCGUGGCAAAUCGCUCACAGUGGGAAUCACUGCAACAUGCGGCUUUUCUUUCAUGCUCUUUGGUUGGGACCAGGGCGUCUUUGGCGGAAUCCUGAAUAACAAGACUUUUGAAAAACAGUUUGACUACCCCGAUCCUGUCAUACAAGGCCAGAUUGUUUCGACCUAUGACAUUGGCUGCAUCCUUGGAGCAAUCAUGUCGCUGUACUUCGGUGACUUUCUCGGUCGUCGAAAGUCCGUCGCCAUGUCAUCGAUCUGGGUGGUCUUGGGCGGUGCCAUCCAAGCUUCGGCAUUUUCACUCCCGCAAAUGAUCAUCGGUCGAGUCAUUGCUGGACUGGGUAUCGGACAAAGCACAGCAGUCGUACCCAUGUGGCAGUCUGAGACGAGUAAGCCCGAACAUCGUGGAAAACUGGUAGCUCUGCAACUGGUCAUGGUCAUCUUCGGUAUCUCACUUACCAACUGGACCAAUCUCGCCAUGACCUACGUCGUGGGCAGCGAGGUGACAUGGCGCUUUUUACUCGCUAUGCAAUGCUUCUGGGCUGUAGUGACCAUAGGUCUCCUUCCAUUCAUGGUUGAAUCACCACGUUGGCUGGUUUACAGAGACAGGCACGACGAAGCUCGUACAGUCCUUGCUCGCCUAGCCAACACUGAUGAGGAUGACGCUGAUGUUGCUGGUGAGCUAAAGAUCAUCUCGGAGACCAUUGCAGCAGAAAAGGCUGGCGGGAAAGUUGGGUGGCGUGAGGUCUUCUCAGGUGGAGAACAACAGAAUUUCAGACGAAUCUGUUUGGGUGCGGGAACCUCAAUUUUUCAACAGAUGGGUGGCAUCAAUGUUGUUGUCUACUACUUCCCCGUCAUCCUCACCCAGUCAUUCGGCUUCAGCCCAAGGCUUGCUUUGAUCCUUUCCGGCGUCGAUUUCAUCUCUUUGAUGUUCUUCGGAUCCAUCAUGUCGCUUCUCAUCGAUCGUUUUGGACGCAAACCACUCAUGCUCUUCGGAGCCCCGGGCUGUGGUGUAUGUUUCACGCUCGUCACAGUCGGUCUUGCCAUCGAUUCCAAGCCCUCGCUUGCGAUGUCGAUGUCCUUCAUCUUUGGAUAUCAUCUCUUCUACGGCGUAUCGUUUCUCUGCAUACCAUUCCUAUAUCCCUCGGAGAUUAAUUCUUCUCGCAUGCGCAGCAUCGGCAACUCUAUCGCUAUGGUAGUGAACUGGCUGUUUGUCUAUGUGGUAGUGUUAAUCACACCAAGUGCCAUCGCCAAUAUCGGCUGGAGGUUCUACAUCAUCUUUGCUGUCUUGAACUUCGCCUGGGCUCCAAUCAUCUGGUUCUUCUACAUCGAGACCAAAGAACUUUCCCUCGAGGAGAUCGAUCUCAUGUUCAAGAUCAAGUACCACUCGACUACUAAGAUAAGCUAUGCCGAGGCAGCCAUCCUUGCAAAGGAAGAGGCAAACAUCGUGAGACACGGCGAAAAGAGCGAGACAGUCGUAAGCGAGUUUAAGGUCAAAGAUUUCGUUCAACACAGAGAGUACGCAGGCUCUGACUCUUAG